GACCUUGAUUAUGUGCAGGAGUACCAACCUUUCAGAGAAGACAUGAAGUAUCUGCGUGUUCUUUUGUAUGGACCUGUUGGAGCUGGAAAAUCCAGUUCUGGAGAAGGUGAAGCAGGUCAGAGAAAAGGCCAGUGAGCUGGGAAUUCCCCAAAUUGGCCUGAUGACCCACAUUGAUUCUGCCUGUGGUGAAAUUAACAAAGACCUGAAGAACGUGUACAGGAGCAAAUACCUGCAAAAUAGAAUGAAGGACUUUAGUUCAGCAGUGGGAAUUCCAGUGAACUGCAUCUUUCCUAUAAAGAACUACAGCCAUGAAAUUGAGAUGAACAAUGACGUUGAUAUUCUGAUCCUGAGUGCCCUAAGGAAAAUUAUUGACUUUGGAGAUGACUUCAUUGAGAAAUUUUAA